AUCGAAUCUAUGGAAGCUUUGGUUUAUACAUUCCUCUUAGUCUCGACUCUAGGGAUAAUUUUUUUCGCUAUCUUUUUUCGAGAACCGCCUAAAGUUCCAACUAAAAGGUUGAAAUGA